AACAGUUGUGUACUCAAACAAAGUGAAAUAUGUAUGUAAAUGUUUGUGCAUCUUAUCGGUCCCACUUAUAGAAAAGUGCAUAAUAAUGUUUCGACUACCUCAUGGAAGCUUAACAAAGAUUCUAAUUGUGCUGCUGUUCGUAAACAUAUUAUUGUUAGUUAAAGUUUAUCCACCUUAUAAAUCUGUUACCAAUGGGAGUAACACACAUCCAACAAGUACUUAUGUUCAAAAAACUAAAGCUACUGUUCCUUUGAACUGUCCAUAUCAUUCCGAUAUUGGAACUCAAGUGACAAUGUCCACAUUGAAUUUGGAUCAUUUCAUAUCUGAAAGUAAUAUAACAAAGUUAACUUUCGCAAAUAUUGAUAUCAGUUAUGGACGCUGGGAUAACCAACAUAAGUACAAGAUUAAGGAUUUUGCUGUUGUUGGCGAACAGUAUACAGAAUCUUCAAAAAUUAGUUUAAUAUGCCUAGCAACGCAAAGCUCGGUAGAGCGGUUAUACUCUUUACCGCAAGUUGCCGCGAACUGGAUCGGUCCCAUAUCUGUAGCAUUAUUCUCCGCUGGAAAUGAGGAGUAUAUUGUUUUAAAAUAUUUUGUCACGAAUAUGAAAACCUUCCAGGACAUUUAACAGAAUCCUUAAAUAUCAAAGGAAAAUUUAACUGUCGAAAUCCUGACAAG